GCUCGGGCUCGGCACUGGCGCACGGACCGUGAAGGCUGCGGGGAGAAGAUGGCUGAGCUGGCCGGCCAGCGCGAGCCCUGGGCGGCAUCACCGGCGUCCGGCGGGCCGCUGAAAAGCUGCAGGACCUCCGCGUCCCGGCGGCGGCUGUAAAAACAGCCGCAGCUGCUCCUCUUUCUCCUGCGCGCCCCCCCCAAUCCCCCCCCACCACCUCUUCCUCCCCUCCCUCCCUCCCUCCUCAUCGCAAAUAUCCACAGAAGUGUCACAGGGAAAAACAUGGCAGAGAUGGAAAAAGAGGGCAGACCUCCGGAAAAUAAACGCAGCCGCAAACCAGCUCACCCGGUGAAAAGGGAAAUAAAUGAAGAGAUGAAGAGCUUUGCGGAGAGCACCAUGAAUGAGCUGCUGGGAUGGUACGGGUACGACAAGGUGGAGCUGCGAGACUCAGACAACCUAGACAUGGAUGAGGUGCCGCAACACAUCUCUGUGCUCAAAGAAAAUUCCUUGCCAAAAAUUCCAGCUUCGACCGUGAACAGUGAAGGCUCUUCAGAUCGAGCCAACAGCUCCUUGUGCGUGCCAGGCUCCAGGAACGGAGUCCUAGAGCCCUCCGCCAUGCUGUCAAGCUCCAUGGCCGGCAGCAAGGAGCAUGGCAACCUGCCCAUGAUGGUCCCCAUGAUCCCCCCGCCGCUGAUCAAACCCCCUGCAGAUGAAGAUGCAUCGAACGUGCAGAUCAUGUGCGCCUGGUGCCAGAAGGUCGGAGUCAAGCGCUACUCUCUGAGCAUGGGGAGUGAGCUGAAGAACUUCUGCAGUGAGAAAUGCUUUGCUGCUUGCCGCAGAGCAUAUUUCAAACGAAACAAGCUGGGAUAUAUAAGGAAUUGCACCGCGAAAGACGACGAUGGCCUCGGUGGGAAAUUACUCCAGCACAGCUUUACUCAGGACACACCCAGGCUUGUCUUCAAGACAAACAGCGACGUGCUUGUGUGUGACUGGUGCAAACAUAUUCGCCACACGAAGGAGUACCUGGACUUUGGUGCUGGUGAGCGGAGGCUGCAGUUCUGCAGUGCCAAAUGCCUGAACCAAUAUAAGAUGGACAUUUUCUACAAAGAGACCCAGGCUGCGCUGCCUGGAGCACUGUGUAACCCUGGACUUGGGCCUGGUGGGGAGAGUAAGCCAGAAUGCAGUGGAGGGGUGCAGCUGCUCACCCCUGAAUCCUGGGGAACGCCAUUAACAGAUAUUCGGCGUCAUGCUCCCUCACCGGGGGGGCCUUCCGGCGCCUCUGGUUUGGCACCUUCGACUUCUUCUGCUGCCUCACCUUCAGACACAGCGGUUGUAUGCUCCCCCUCCUCCUCCAAUUCAGGCAAAAUUCCCACACCAAGACCCCAUGAAAGUCCAACUCUCCCCCCACCUGGUCCCACAUUACACCCACCAGUUGGGGUUCCCCCAGGUAGCCCUCCAAUGGUGAUGACGCCCCGAGGGCCCAUGCCCCUGCCUCUGUUCAUGGAGCAUCAAAUGAUGCAGCAUAUGCGGCCACCAUUUCUUCGCCCCUCUACCCACCAUGGAGGGCCUAACAGCCCACUGUCGAACCCUAUUGUCCCUGGUAUUGGUCCACCACCUCCUCCACGGACUUUUGGUCCUCCAUCAAGCCCCAUGCACCGGCCUCACCUGUCUCCCCAUCUUCACCCCUCAUCCAACCACAAUUCUGGCAUUAUGCCACCACAUCCUGGUCUCCCCAUGCCCGGCUUGCCCCCUUUCCCCCCGGUCAAUAUGAUGCACAAUGGACCCAUGCCCUUCCCUCCAGUGAUGAACUUUGGCAUGCCAUCUUUGGCUCCACUGGUACCCCCACCAACUCUUUUGGUCCCUUACCCUGUCAUUGUACCCCUCCCUGUCCCAAUCCCAAUUCCAAUCCCAAUCCCUUUCAACUCCAAAACGUCCAGGGACAGGGACUUCCAGGGACAUAGAAGUGGCUCUGUCUUCAGCGUACCAGAGUCAGACUGUAGUCCCCAUACUGCAGCUUCCUCUGGAGGUGAAAAUGGGGAGCAAAAGUCAGCCGGUGGCGAGCGACUUUCUCCUGUACGCUCAGAGAGAAGUAGAAUAGCAGGCUUGACGGUGAAGGCAGAGGACAGUUUAGGCAAUCUUUGCCUAACAAGUGGCUCUGGACGGAUAGACGGAGUUAUUGAUCUUACUAUGAGUCAGAGGCCAUGCCAACAGCAGGGGAUUCAGAAGAUGCUACCUGGAGUCCAGGUCAAAGAGGAGGCUGAUUCAAGAUUUUCACCAGCUGCUGAGUUGUGGAGGGAUGGAAAUGGAGACAGUGAGGAACGAUUUGUUCUGCCACAGGACGAUACUUCCGAACGAGAAGGAGUCACACAUUUAAACACACGCUCCAACAACAACACACCCUCCAGCAAAACUGAUACUCCAGUGAGACAGCUAAAUCACUCUGUCCCCAGCCUUGCUACGGCACCCUUGCCCACUUCAGUACGGACCCAACUCCCGCCCCCGCCUCAGCUCCAACUUAGCCCUGCUGCCUCAUGUAAUGUAAUAGUCAAUGGCACUGGAUGGCAUUCACUUCUCACUCCUGCAUUUGAGUCUUGUCCUGACCGGCAAGGGGACAGGGGUGGAGGUGAUGGAGAGACAGCGGAUCGACCAUCCAAUGGUGAUCUGGAGCACGAGGCACUGAAAGAGAACAAUUGCUCGGUAGGCGAACGAGAGAUGGGGAAGCGGGUUUUAGCACAAGAGGAGAAAGUAGACAUCGUGGAGGGUAAGCUAGAUCCCGAGUCCAACAUGGAGGAGGGUGAGCAUGCCUACGCUCUGCCAGUGCUGUCAGCUGGAGGCUGUGUUGUCAUCCAGCCUGUGCCAAAGUCCUCUGCUGACAAGACAGCCAUCCUGUCCUGCUCCAUCACUGCGCCUCUAGCAGCCGCUGGGAGCCCUGAGCUGGAGCCCCCACUGAAGAGACGGUGUCUGCGAAUCCGCAAUCAAAAUAAAUAAGAUGGAUGCUCUGAAGACCGCAGUGCCAUCAGCAUCUCACUCGUCCACAUACAACCUUUAAAUCCCAGCACUCCGAACUGCACCACUCCACACCUGCACACACAUCGUCGUCCUCACCUGUUGCUCAGUCUACCAGCACCACAAAUCGCCUUCGACGACUAUGGAGAGUUGGAAGUUACGUCACAGCGGAAUGGACGGGACUCCCUUUACGUGUGACGAACUCUCUGAUGGACUAAAUCUCGACGGACUGGACAUCACGGCCAGCAGGACCUCUUGACCUUUGAUCCCCAAGCUGCUUCUGUCUUCAUUUACAAACGUUCAGCCCACACUGCCCCCCAGAUUCAUCAGCUGCCCCUUCUCAACGCAAGCAAGCACUCUUUCUUUUCUUUUCUUUGCACUGUAGUACUUGAUUCUCUAAGCUCUUGUUUGGACACUUCAUAAGCCCCAAAGAGAGAUUAGUGAAAUAAGAAAUCUUCUUUUAAUUUGCUCUUGCCAACCUGACAGCGAGUGUUCUGGAUGAUUCUGAUGGAUGAAAAUUCAAAACAAGGAGAGCAAGCGUGAGUAUCGUUCAUUCAGUAUGACUGAAAGGCAAUCCCAGUUAUUUAUUUCCUGUCCCUGAAUGAGAAUAAUUCCUUUUGAUUGUGUUGGGGAUUAAUCCUAUCAAAUCAGCAAAUAUUUACAAAGUAAACUCACCAGCUUUUAAUGCUGCAUAGUCAAAAAUCACGUAAAGCCUUUUGUUUAUGUCUGCAUUUGCUGAAAUUUGAAUACAAAGUUGCACUAGAACGGGAAAGUUGUCAUUCCAGUCAGUGACAUUUUCAGAAAUGCUGCCUAUGAGCCUGGGGCAGAAAAUCGGACAGCUGCUUUUUCCGUUUUGACCCCCUUGCCAGAAGAACUAGGAUGGCAUGGUAAUGUGGAAACUCGCCAAACUGCAGUGGGUAUUCAUCACCGCAGGAGCAGGACAGUACGUAAUCUCUUCUAUACGAAACAUUACCACUAAUGUUCCAGUCGUGGGUUAGUCUCAGUCCAGCGUCUGCGACUUCAGAGGGAAUUCAGUUCUUUCAUAAACGAUUGAGAGGAAAACUGUUGAAGUUACUCCAAUUUCCUAUCAAGGAAUAUACCCACAUCAUUCUUUUGGCCAAUCAUUGUUUGUUUAAAGCCAAAAUAUUAAGCCUGUUAUUUCAAUUCAGUGUCACACUGUAUGCAUACCAGUUAAAGUCAUACGAUAAGAGUUCACCCCCCUUCACUUGUACGUUUUUUUAAGCCUUUUCUUACAUAAAUAUAUAUAUAUAUAUUUGGAUGCACACAUUUCAUCUCUAAUGCUCACCAGCCUAAUUAAAUAAAUACAAACUCAGCUGAGUGACAGAAUAUAAAUUGUGGCACCAUAUAAAUAUGUAUUUUUAACGUAAGCCCAGUGCAGAAGCAGUUUGUGAAGAACUUAACACACAUUAUGCCUGGAUAAGCCGCGUAGGCGCUGCAGUUGCAACACAAGCCCCAAUGUCUCCCCUUCACUACGUGCUUCAAAGUUGGUUAUGGUGUUUUUGCUGAUAUGUUGUAUUUGGUUUUGACAAAGGAAGUGCUGUACAUUAUCAUCAUACUUUUCAACUCUGGUGAGCUCACGGAGACGCCCGGUCCUGUAAGACUGGCUUUUUAACAUGUUUUCCUCUGUAGAUGGACAGACGUCCUUAAAACCCUUCCUACAGAGAUGUGUGACAGGGACAUACUUUAAAGGAGCAUGAGGCAAGAAUAAGAAAUGAGACUCAUUAGCGUCACGACGACCGUCGGGGUUCCUGCAGGCAACAGCGAAGCCGGCACGGGAGCCCCGUUCAAAUCAAGCUCUAAAUAUGACUUACAAUGUUAUCUUACCUGGUCAGCAGGAAAUGAGCCAUUUCAGCAUCUGUUUUCAGUCCCAAUUCAAGUUGAAGCUGCCUCCAUGACUCAAACGCGUAUCCAAUGUUUACUCGUGUGCCUGCCCGUUUUUGCUCGUAAUUUCUAUUCGACUCGGGACUUGUCUCUGAUAAAGGCUUCGUUUUCUUCUUGGUAGCACUUUUUAGUGGGCUUUGAGUGGCGCUGGGUCGUUUGCCGGCUGUGGAAGAAUCCAUGUCUACCCAAACAGAAGUUUGGAUCCACCGCGCUCGUCUUCUUCCUGUAUCCAAGCCGAGCGCCGUCGAGAACGCGCAUGCAGCGUCAUUUGACGUCACAUCCGCAGGACAGCGCGGGAAAUUCGGGCCCAGAAUUGCAGCACAUUUUGCAGCACACAGCCUGUUCAAGGCAACAGAGAGAUACACUAGAGGGUUCAUUCUUUUUGGUUUGGAACUCUUCAUCUGACAUUAUUACUAGAAAACUUAAAACGUAUACACAUUUUUUUCAUAAAUCCUGCCUCAUGCUCCUUUAAGGAUAUCAUUGGAUAAAAUUCCUGCUGCAAAAAAAAUUAACUUCACUUUAAAUGGUGCAAAGCAAACAAAUCUGUAAGCAAAGAAAAUAGGACUUUAUGCAGAAGGCAGAGCCCCAAAAAAGACAACAACCUGUAAAGGUGGCUCGAUUGCUUGGUGUGAAGUAAAAAACAUGGGUCACAGGUUCUUAGGGGAGAGAUGACUAACAGAAGUGUGAAGUAAUCAACUAAACAAAACAAGUUUGAUACAAACAGAAAGUGAACAUAAAACUGAUCAAAAUGUAAAAUAAUAGAGAAUUUCAAAUAAGAAUAAAACCUUAAACCAUGGCACCUGGACCGAUGGCCCGCCCUCAUUGCUUCUCCAGGAUAAUUGCUGAUGUCUUUCUUCCUUGGCAUUAUGUUAAAGACAAACCUGAAUGCAGCAGGCUUUUUAUAAAGAUGCUGAUUAUCACUAAAUGUAGAAUAUAUUGAAUUAGCAGCAAAUGGCACUUAUUUAAACAAAAGAAUAGAAGAUACAAGAGCAUGCACGUCAAACCUGAGGAUGUCAGAGGCAGUUUUACUUGUAUGACACUUUCUGGUUGUUUUACAAAAACAACAAGAACACCUAUUGUAUGAUAUGCCACCUUCUCUCAUUAAGUCGUAAAUAACUAGAUUUUUCCAACAAGACAGUGUGGUUUCAUUAACUCCAUCUAAUCAGUGUCCUGGUUGUCAUUUCUAUAAUUCUUUGAUUAAAAGACAGCGAUAGGUUUUUUUAUCCAAUCAGAUUUCAACGAUCGCUUUCUGGUUCAAACAAGUCCAAGAUCCUGAAAAACCCAAGUGUUUCCAUGCACAUGUUUUAUACACAAUCUACGCUAAGGACUAGCAUUUUUCUUCUACUUCCUCGUUUUCAUCUAUAUGCUGUUUACGUUUGAUUGUAUAACGCCAGGUUUGUUAACUGUUUCGUCCACAAUUGUGAUCAGGUUCAUGAAGUUAAUCCAGUUGAUAAUAAUGCACAAAUACUCCAUUUUACUAUGUUUUACCUUUCAAGGUUUACAAUGAUGGAAAGGCAGAAUCCACACCGACCCGAUGUCUUAACACACCCGGCAUUUGUAAUUAUCCCUUUAAAGCCUGACAUGUGAAAUAAUACACAGAAAAUACUUCUUUUUUAUUUCAAGUGUUUAUUAUAUAUUGAAAUCAAGAAACAUCCCCAGUUUUGUUUCUAAAUAUUUUUUUUGUGACUUUUUUUUAUUCGUUUUUUUCCUUUUUUGAUGAUAUAAAACUUUAUUUAUUUAUUCAUUUUUUGUAAAUUACAGGGCUGCAAAAGUUUUUUCGAAAUUCAUGUAUCAAAUAUGAUACACCCACCAUUAUCAGGUUAUAGAAAAAAAUAAAUAAAUAAGAUGAAUUGGGGGAAAAGACCCCAAACUCUUUCCUCAACUCUGCGUUUAAAGCCACGGCGGUUAAGGAAAGCAACAAACUCCCAGUCCAGCAGAACUCACAGUGAAAUCUAAUGUAAACGUGAGUGACCAGCAACUCGGGGGUGUGUUGCUAUUGGAGCGAGAAGGAAAAAUAUCCCUUAAGCCAGCCAGAGGAUAAAAUAUUUAAUGUGUGCCCACAUCAUCCAAAAUAUAUCCCCAAGCAUCCGGGGAAACCUCUUUUUUUUACAUUCUUUCAGAUAGCAGCAGCCAGCAGUUGCUUAUCUUAGCUUCCCGUAAGAACCCGAGCUACAAACAGCCAGCUGUGUCACGUCAAAAGUGAAGCAAGCAGUUUCUUGGAUCCAGGUUUAUACUGGACUGAGAUGAGAGUAGCUCAUCGGCUACUCUCAUUAAGUCCUCCAAGAAAGUAUUUAAGCAUAUUUCUGAAAAUGUUGAAAUCAGUUCUUUCAAAUCAGUUUCUCAGAGAGCAAAUGAUAAUCAUUUUUUCAAGGCUUUCUGUCCGACUCUUCUUCUGGUGACACAAACUUCAACCUUGAUUUCUGAAGGUGGUUUCACACGCACAGGCUAGUUUAAAUAAAAAGACAUGACCUUUGACCUGGUUCUCCGGCUUGCUGCGGUUCCAUUUCGCGUGAACACAGUGGUCCUACUCAGGUUCAGACUGGAGCAACCGGGCCGAGGCGUCACAGAGAGGUAGUCCCCCUCCUCCCGGUGAUAAACCACACUAAAGCUGAGGGGCAUAGGAUUUGAGGCGUUGAAAUAAGCAUAGACUUCCAUUUCUGUACAACCAGUACUCGAGUUGAGGGGGGAUUAUGUCAUUUCAUCAAUGAAUGUGGUUUUACUGCUAUUUCAACAUUUAGAGUCAUCACCAGAAAAAUAACACCAGAAAAAUAACGUAUUUGACUAU